UCGCGAUUCUUCCACCACUUCCACGGGACCGGUCGGAUCCAAUCUGCUGCCGCCCAGCCACCGCCACCGCCGCCACCGCCGGCUCCUCUAUAGGGGUCUUCCCUCCUCUUCGCCCUUCGCAACCCGCAAGUUCCGAGCGAUUGAUGAGUAUUUUUCUCCCCGUCCCUUGGAGCGACUCGGUGGAUGCGAGGGACCUGUCCGCGCUCGACCCGCCUUCGCCCCUAUCUCGCCGCCCGGCGGGCAGGCUCCUGCUCUCGCCUUCCGUUCCCGGAGCUAGCCGCAGGCCCAUGGGCUAGUGGGUCGUCGUUCGCCCUCCUGCGAUCGCGAGCGGAGAGGCGGCCUGCGGGAUCCGCCCGUCUCCAAUCCAAAUAACUCCUCUCCUUGGACGAUUUCGGAGUUACUGGCCUGCCUGAAAAUCGAUUCCUGCUAACGCCAGUAUUGUGCUUUUCAGUAACAAGAGUGUACAGUUGUUGCUUCUUGGGAUGUGAAUCCUGUCUUGGGUGGGGAUCCAGCUCACGCUAGAUUUCCCCCCUUUUGCCUUUCACUUUUUCACUCGGGAGGGAAAGGUUGGGUUCCUGGGUAAUUAACAUCCAAUCGCUCUGCUUGAUUCUACCUUAUCUUCUAAUCACUAUUUCCGUGCUCUUAAUGCAAGUGGUGGGAAGGCAAAGUAAAUAUUGUAUUGCCGGUUUUGGGGACAUAUUCUUGGGGAUAUUCCGGUCUGUGCAAACAUAUCUCUUGCCCUUAGUUUAGUUUGAUGCUCAUAUCAGUAUUCAGUACUGGUGGGGAGUGCACAUAUCACAAAUCCUGAUUAUCCUCGGCCGUUGGGGAGAUGAGUUCCUCACAAGAAUCCACCUUCACCUCGGCCUCAGCGGCUGCACAAGUUAAUGCUUCCGCUUUGGACUUGCUCCCGGUCUAUGCCAAGGAGCUUAUCGCCGGCGGCGCUGCUGGUGCAUUUGCAAAGACUGCGGUAGCACCACUGGAGAGGGUCAAGAUCUUAUUGCAGACAAGAACUGAAGGUUUCCAGUCCCUCGGGAUCCUCCAGUCCUUGAGGAAGCUGUGGCAAUACGAGGGAAUUCGAGGCUUCUACAAAGGGAACGGUGCAAGCGUGCUUCGGAUUGUUCCAUAUGCAGCAUUGCAUUACAUGACAUAUGAGCAGUAUAGGUGCUGGAUAUUGAAUAAUUCUGCUUCAUCAAUAGGUACAGGGCCUGUCGUUGAUCUUUUAGCUGGCUCUGCUGCUGGUGGUACUGCAGUUUUGUGUACAUACCCAUUAGACUUGGCUAGGACCAAGCUGGCAUACCAGGUUUCAAAUGUUGGCCAAACUGGUAAUGCUUUGGGAAAUUCUGGUCAACAACAAACGUAUAAUGGCAUAAAAGAUGUUUUCAAGACUGUUUACAAGGAAGGAGGUGCACGAUCUUUGUAUCGUGGAGUAGGCCCAACUCUUAUUGGUAUUCUUCCAUAUGCUGGCUUGAAGUUUUACAUAUAUGAAGAUCUGAAAUCUCAAGUUCCAGACGAUUACAAGGAUUCUGUUAUACUGAAGCUCUCUUGUGGAGCUUUAGCUGGUCUAUUUGGACAAACCCUCACUUAUCCACUGGAUGUUGUCCGGAGACAAAUGCAGGUUCAGAGCAAGCAGUCUCAAAAUUCGAGCGAUGGCUUCCGUAUAAGAGGAACUUUUCAGGGUCUCUUGCUCAUCAUUCGGUGCCAAGGGUGGAGACAACUCUUUGCUGGCUUGAGCCUUAACUAUGUCAAGGUUGUCCCUUCAGUAGCUAUCGGUUUCACAACAUACGACAUGAUGAAGGCAUUGCUUGGAGUUCCUCCCCGAGAGAGAGUCCAUGCGUCAGGUGGUAACAAGUGAAGCAAUGUUGGCCAUCCUUGUGUUAUGACUGAUGAACUAAAGAAAUUCUAGGUUGUGAGUUGUGACAUUGUUAUUCUUGUUAUGAAUCCCAUUGCAUAGGGUGGAGAGUGUUGUAUAUUGGUCAAAUAGCUAUAUUCAUGUAACAUUAAGUUGAGAUGCUUGUAUCAUCCAUUAUGCUGCUUGUAAUGUAACCAUGAAUACAAUGACGCCCCUAAAGAUCACUUUAAAUUAACUAU